ACAUUGCCUUCUCGCCUAAGUGAAAAGUAUAUAAAUACUAAGUGAGAAUCACAAUCAAGCUGGUCAAAAUUCGAUACAAAUGUCUUUACGAAAAAUAACAGUUACCAAAGCGAUGACUGCCUGAAAUUAUAUUCCUGGGCCGUAUCAAAUCGAGUGAAAUCGAUGAAAACACCAGUGAAGCGUGGUCAACGUCGUGCACACAAAUGAUCGGCGCUGCUUGAUCCAUAUGUUAAUAAACCAUGCAGUGACCGACGAAGAUGGCUCAAAAGUUACCGCGAAAAAAAGCAAUCACAACGAACGUCUUAAGCAAUUACAACAAAGGCUUGAUAGUUCAGAAGAAUUGAGUAAAUGGUAAAUAUUUCACUCUGAUUUUGUUGCGUGACUUGACCUUGUGUUGUAAAUUACAAACUAUAAUAUUUCAUGUGUAAACGUGGCAAUUGUCGCAUUGAACUGCUUUGUAAAUUAUGCUAAAGAGUGUCAAUGUUGUAUGGAAAUUGAGGAGUGCGUCGAUUCUCUACACAGUGACAUUGUGAUUUGUGAUGCAAGAAGCUGAAGUCGCGCCAUCAUGUAUAAUUCAACAGCUAUGGCUAGAUAAGUGAGCUCUCCGUUCAGCAGCCACGAAAUUACGAACAAGAAAGAAACAGGAAUACCGUCAAACAAGCACAAAAGAUAGGUAAAUAAAGUUUUAUUUAUCAACAUAUUGAAAUUAUGAAACACUAAAACCGUACCCGAGUUUACUAUCAGUGAACACACGCAUGCGGUACGGUAACUGAGAGUUUAUAUACGGUACAUAUUGUACAAUUAUUGAAUUAUUAUAUAUUUACAUGUGUUCACAUGCAAGUAUUAAAGCGACUAAUAUUUACAUGUGUUCACAUGCAAGUAUUAAAGCGAACACAACGAGUGUAUAUAUGUAUAAUUUACUGCGUCAAGUUUACUUAUACGUACAAUUCUACUUUCCCUGUCUAAACUAAAAUACAAAGAGUGCACAUUGCUUGUAGACGUAAGAAAAUGGUUUUCAUCAGCUAUAUUUUGACCAUAUUCACUCAUAGUCAUAGCUAUAUUGUCGCGAUAUUUUAUAUUUCUGGUGAAUCGAUUGGCUGUGGCUCAUUUAUAUUUAUCGCGCUUUCCAGUUUCGUGACUAUGACCAUUUCGGUUGACUGCAUCGAAGCAGCUUCUAAAUACAACCUAUUCAAAUAACGAAUUUGGAAUAAAAAUUGCACUAGGCCAUAUUCAAGUGCAUGAUAAAACGAAGUUAGAGUAUAAAUUAUACAUAUACCAUUCUCUUGACUCUCGCAGACAAAGGUUUGUCGUCGACAGUAUUUGUAUAUUUUGGAAUUGCAACGAAACCAAUUUCGUCGGUAGCUAACCGUGGUUUUACCAGCAAGCUAUAUCUUCGCAAAGUAUGCUGAACAUUGGAUCUCAUAUUGCUGGUUUAAGGUGCACGAAGUCAAUCCCUGUCCUUUUCGCUUCGUGCAUCUCGCCUCCAGUAAAAGGUAUAAAAUGAAGUGAAAUGCCUUUCUCUGUAUCUGUGACAUUAGAACAACCGCCUACUAUACAUAUAUUCGGCAAUUUUUCAGUUUCGUGACUUUUAUUUGCGCUGUUGCCUCCUCUAUGAUAGUACAUGCAAUAGUAUUUCUAUAUUAGUGAGCCACAUAAGUUCCUACUAUUACGUCACACGCAUUGUUUCGUCCCAGUCCCUUUUGCGCGGUUUUCAGAUUUUUCACAAGGCCAAAUUCAAUGUUUAAACGGCAAUAACCUUUACACUAAAAAAGCAAUUUCAAUUCCGUUUUCGAAUUUCCGUAUAUUUUGUAUCAUAGAUUUCGAAAAUACGUACAGCUGCUGAGAGAAAGAACGAUGAACGGAUACUCGUGCAAAUCCGGGAGAAAGACUGUGUAGCUCUGGAAGUCCGCUAUCACAAAGUUUGCUACUGCAAUUAUACAAAAUUUCUCACCAGAGAGACGAAGAAGCAAUCGGAGACUGAAAGAUCUACAUCAGUGUACUCGUCUUAUGAUGUAUUCUGUAAGAAAGUAAUCGAGACGGAGGUCAUCGGAAAUAAGCAAAUAAAGUAUAUGAAAGAUUUGCUGGAGAAAUUUGUUAUCAUUGCUAAGGACACUGAGAAUGUGGAUGCAUCUAAAUAUAGAGCUUUUAAAAUCAAGCAAUGACUGAUGAAAAGUUAUCCCCAACUUGUGUUCUGUGUACUGAAAAUGAGAAAUGUUAGUGAGAUUGUAUAUGUGGAAAAUUUGGAUUCUUCUGAAUUGGUUGAGGAACAUAUGUCAAUUAAGUCUGAAAACAACGAUGAGGACUUUGAUGUAGAGAGCUGUACCAUUGAUGAUGAUGAUCUGAAUUCCAACACGGAAACUGAGGGAAAUUCUAAAGUCAACGAGUUACAAAUUCUAUACAAUGCUGCAUUGAUUCUUCGCCAAAAGGUGCAAGAAAUACCAAAACUGAAUCUUCCUUGGCCACCAUUGGCAUCUGAUUUGACAAUGGAUAAUGUGCGAAAAGUUGUUCCAUGUGAACUUUUUAAUGUAUUGGCUUGGAUUUGUGGAUUCUCUUCAGAGCCAACUUUAAAUGAGUAUGUGCCAAUCGAGGGCAAGAACAGUGCCAAACUAACAUCAAUCGCACAAGACCUUGUGAAUCUAGCAUCUGGCGGAAGGAAUCCUACACCCAAGAGCAUAGCACUUGCCAUGGCAACUAGACAACUGACAGGUUCAGCCUCAGUAAUUUCUUGGUUGAGUGGCUUGGGACAUUGCAUGUCACACUCCUUUGUAUUGUGCCAUGAGACUGCCCUUGCACAGAUGAAUAUAUCCAAUGAUUCUGCUAUUCCUCCAGGCUUUGUUAGUGAUGUUCCAACUACUCUUGCAUGGGAUAAUGAUGAUUUCUCAGAAGAAACUAGAUCUGGAAAAGGGACAACUCACAUAACUGGGGGCAUUAUCAUUCAAAGGGAGCAAAGUACAAGUACUUUGUUACAGAGACGAGAUAGCAUUCCCAGGUCAAGAUCCCUCCCAGCACCAUCAAAAGACAUUAAUCCUUAUUUUCUUGGAAAAAGAAAAACUGUUAAUUUAAACGAUGCCAUGCAAAAUAAGGAAAUCGAGGAAGAACAUCAUAUAUUACCUCAGAUUGAUGCCAAGAAGAAAGACCUUGCAUUCUGUCUAUGUAGACAUCUUGGUAGGAGCAGUGCAAUUCCAAAUUGGACAGGAUUUAACACCAGACUAGCUGUCAAUAGAAACAUACCUACCCAGUCAAAACUUGGGUAUCUACCUGUAAUUGAUGCUUCCCCUACAGAACUGUCAACAGUAAACGAAAUAUUGAAUCGGAGCGAGGAAAUUGCCAACAAACUGGACUUAAAGUAUAUGUGCUUGGUUUUUGAUGAGGCCAUUUAUGCCAAAAUUCAACAAAUAAGAUGGAAGGAAGAAAGAUACCUCAGCCGAUUUGUUGUCCGACUUGGAGAUUUCCACAUGGCAAUGUCAUUUUGUGGAGCUAUAUCAAAACUCUUCAAAGAUGCUGGAUUACAGGUAUAGUAUUUUUGAUAUCUUUAUUUUUUCCAAGUAGGUCUGACCAAAAAAUAAUAUUAACCCUCUAAGUGGCAAUGCACCCUGAUGCGCCCUACUUUAGUAUUUUACUCUGUCUAAUGCCAGACGAUUUUACUUGUCAAGUGGAGAGUGCUGCCACUCAAUGGGUUAAAUUGUCAAACAUUUUUUAAUAGGACAUUCUCAUUGAGUCAGAAGUUGUAGCAGCUGGAUCCAUUAAUGGAGUAAUGUCUGGCAAGCAUUACAACAGAAGUGUUAGGUCACACAAAGUUGUCUAUGAGGCAUUGGUCAGACUGUUGUUUCAGCAAUACCUUGAGUCACUUACACCAGCUGAAAGGGAUGAAACAGUUACUUUGAUUGGUGAGUUUCAAAUUUAGAUGUUUAUUCAUACAGUGAGGAAGUUUCACAACAAUGUCAAAUUACUUUGCCUUUUACAGUGUGUCAAAAAAAACGAAAACUAUUGAAAUCACCGAUAACAAUUUAAUUGUUAGAAUUUGAAUGCCUUAGCACACUGUUGGUUCCCACGAGUGCAUAAAUGAUUGACAUAAGUAAAUUGUAUGCAUAAAGAAACUAUUUAAGAAGCUGCUUUAAAUUCCCAAGAGCAGAAAAUCGCGCACUUUACAAGAUGUUCUUAACUAAAUGUUAAUACAUGCACCUUGUCAAUAUUUUACGCAUCAUUACGUUCAGCUUUUUGGUAGGGCAUUCAAUUUUAACAAUAAGUGAUUUCAAUAGUUUUCGGGUUUUUUUGGGACACCCUGUACAUAUGAACAACAAGAGCGAUUGUUUCACCAGGAUAUCCAAACACGAGAAAACAAUGUGUGAAAACCAGAACGCCUAGGGCGAGUGUUUUUGUUAAUUGUUUUCGAAUGUUUGGAUGGGACACAGGUGGGACACAAGCUCGAGUUGUUUAUAUGGCUUCUCAAAUGAAAUGAGUUGAGACGUAACAGAAUGUUUUUGCUUGCUGAUUUGAAUAAAAUUAUUAACCAAGCAUAACGUACUUAGUAAUUCUAUUCCAGUAAUUUUGCAUGCGUAAUUAAGAUAUUUGAUGAAAACACUAGUGGCUUUUAUCAAGUUUCACCAGGUUAUCUAAAUGACAUUUCAUAAUCUUGUGAUCAAACAAAUAGGUGAUUAUCAUUGCCAUUGGCUCAAUGCCUGAAUUGCUCAUCAAUUAUUAAUGAAUUUGAGGAUUGGUAAUCUCAAACUAAAUAACAUUGCUUAAAUAGUAACUAGGUGCCUUCGAACUGUAAUAAACAUUUAUUUUGCAUUACAGAAAACUUAGCUGAGACAUUCCCAAGUGAAGAUUACCUACCACAAGUGAUGUCAGAGAAUUUUGGAAAACUGGAGAUGGCUGUCGCUAUGUUUUCUAAAUCAGAGGCAGAGAAAAAACCAACAUUUGCUCUCUGGCUUAAUUACAUUCAAAUGGUAGAAGUUCUUUUAAUGUUCUUACGAGCAACAAGAGAAAACGACUGGGAUCUACAUCUCUCAGCAGUUAGAUCAAUGCUACCAUGGUUUUUCGCAACUGACAGAGUUCACUAUGCUAGAUAUGGUACAGCAUACUGGUUGGAGAUGCUAUGUAUUGAAACAUCACAUCCAGGUAAGACAUAUUGUAUUUUAGAUUGUUGUCAAAGGUGCUGCAGUAAAAUGUAAACCCUCAAUGUUUGGAGCAAUUUUUUCCAAUGUUUGAAAGGUAGUUUUCUGACAAUUUUUUUAGGGGUGACCGAUGAUAUUAUAAAAAACUGGACAUGUCAGCGUCAGACAACACAUGGUUUUUCGUCAACCGCAUGUGACCAGGUGAUGGAACAGACCUAUAAUCGUGAUUCAAAAGUGAGAGGCGGUCUGGUUGGAUUUACUCUGAAUCGGGGUGCAGUGCACAGAUGGAUAAUGUCACAGGCUGACCGUGGUGCCAUAACAAGACAGUGUCUCACAAUGGCAGAUAAUUCAUCACAUACCAGG